AUGAUGCAGGGCGGUGGCACCCAGAUGAUGUCGAGCCACGGCACCACCCACGGCCCUGGACACAACGCUGUUUUAGCCGACGGCGACGGCGACGUCUUCUUGUACCACUACUACCGCAACGACGGCGUCGCGCAGAUUGGUAUCAACCGCCUGCGCUACACUAACGGCUGGCCCGUCGUCUUCUAG